GUCAGCAGCAAGUAGACAUCGCUCCCCCAAGGCGCAGACAUCAGUCGUGUGGUCACAACAAUUUUGUCAUCAUGCACACAGCAUCCCUUUCAUGAGGUGAAUUUGCGCGGUGAGCAGUGAGAAAAGAGGGAAAACCCUCGUAUUUCAUAUUCUUCUAGCUGUAUAUAACAAAUACGAAAAGUUAGUGAACUUUUUAUACCCCCGCCCCUUCCCCUCGAAGUCGACCCCCAACAUUUGGUGUGAUUAGCCAAAGAAUCCAAUCGCUGCUGCUAUGAAACUAACGUAAUAUAACAGUGCAAAUAAGAGAGAAAAAAACAUAAUAACACAAAGAAAAUCAAGCGAAACACACGAAAGCAAUCUUUCAACUUGGCAGUAAAAAAAAAAACACAAAAGAAACAAACAAACAAACAAACAAACAAACAAAUAAAACGGUGGCCCUAAACGGUGCGAAGAAGCAAUCCCGGUUUUGAGCGUUCUCGGUGAACACAGUGCAAGAAACACACACGCGUAAGACAAAAUGGGAGCUAAGGGUAGCGUAGAGGCUGCCAAGAUGAACGCCGAUGGCUGGGGCCACUUCGAGCGUGGCAGCCGUCACUACAGCCACAGACAUAAUCAACGGUCCCAGUCGUUGAACCGAGGCCAAGCUCUUUCACGGGCCGAUGUCAGUGGGAUGUGGUGACAGCAAGGAACCUCAGGAGGACAGGCUGGGUGCCCAA